CACACGUCCGUCAAUCUGUCAGUCGCACGGUGGUCAUCGUCAUCAGCGGGAGUGUCCGUCACGUAGCAUGGAAACCAGUCCGCAAAGGUCUUACCUAUGGAGCCAUUCAACUCCAGAGAUCAGCAAGAGUCUAAACAGCCCUCCAGAAAUUACAAGUUCUCUCUGGAAACAACUCUCUGAAGAACGAAAUUCAAGUAGGGUCAAGUUACCCUCUUUCACAGACAGUCUGACAAAAGACAGUGCUCCAACAGGAGAGCCUGGAGCCAACACAAACUUCUCACCUUUCACCAUAAAGUCUAAGGAUGUGUGGAAGGUCCCCUCUCCAGAACCUGAAGAGGUUGGGGAUCAUCUGGGUGUAAAGAGCCCAUGGGAGCCCCUAAACAGCAGCAGGCAGAAAUCGUGUACCUUUACAACCUUUCAAGGAUCAAACUCACCAAACAGUGCCAGACAAUCUGCUUACAUUGACGAGGAUUUGUACGGGAAGAGUGAUAAAGAAAAUGUUUUCCCAGUGCACUCAAAAGCUGUUGGACAUGAUAAAAAUGCUUACACUGCUUUUCAAGAUAAGAGAGAAUCUAUAUCUCUUUCAAAAGAGUUUUUACCACUAGAGCAACACAGUUUAUCAAGUAAUGUGUGGGACACCAAUCUUAAGUUACCUUGUGAAAGUUCUAGUCUAGGUACAGUUUCUGGCAGUAACUCCUAUGGACUAACAGGAGAUUCUCAGUCAUGGGAGCCCGUGUCUUCAUCCUUUAGACCAGCAUUGAGGGAUAUUGGAAACCUGAAUAAUUCAGCAUUGCCCAGUGCUUAUCAGAAGAUAAACAAUAAUUAUAUUCCAACACCAAGUGACUUUUCUUCUCAUUUAAGCACUGGUCCAUUCAGUAGCCCAGCUCAUGACUCACACUGUAACCAGGAGCCCACCUAUAGUUAUCAGUCCCAAAAGCAGCAUACUGAUUUAGUUGCUUUGAUGCAGGAACUCUCACUUCUAACCGGAGGCAAGGAUAUGGGUAACUUAUCCUACAGCAGUACACACCCAUGCCAUAAACCUUCCCCAGCAUACCAGUCAUCCUUAGCCAGUAAAGGAUGUGUUUUUUGCAAGAACAAUAAUUAUCAUUCUACUUUCUAUAAAUCACAUGUGUUGAAGGAUGAGCGAGGUCAUUGCCAGUGCCCUGUGUUGAGGAUGUACGUGUGCCCCUUGUGUAAUGCCACUGGUGACUCUGCCCACACCCUCAAGUACUGCCCACGCAACACAGUCACCCGAGGAGACCCCAUCUCAGCCGGCCUCCCCCCUGGCAAGGUCACAAAUUGGAGGGAGGUGGCCAGUAGGAUGAUGAGUCGAUACAGUUCAAAUAAUUGAUCUCUUUACUCAAGAAAUAUUACAGUCCAGAAAUUAUUUUUAUCCAUUGGUUUCCAUUUAUUUUUCCACAUAUGAUAUCACCACAAAGAUCUUUAGUGCCUGCAUCAUUUAGUUACAUAUUUUAUAUAUGGAACUGAAAUAUUUUGGUGGUAGAUUCACAUGUUAUUGUUUUAAAUUGAUUGUCUUACAUUUUUAGUUGUGUAUUGGUGUGAUGUAGUGCAGUGCACAGUAUUUUAUGCAUUACAUAGGCAAAAGGUUUAACAAAUUGAUAUCUUGCUGUCUUUAGUUAACAGUUAUUUUCUUUAUUACACUAAUAUGUAAGGGUACAGUUUUAUAUAUAUGGAGGUGCUUGAAAUGCUUUGAAAGAAUAUAUUUUCAAUUGUGUUUAGAAUGUUUAUUUAUUGAUAUACAUAGAUAUAUAUACCCAGAUUUUUCAAUUGCUGUAUUAAAUAGAAAAUUGAUUGUAAUCAUCUAUAUCCAAUUAUUUUAUACAUUAUAUUAAGCAUACAGUAUUCUAGGCUUAUCCAUCAUGAAGUUUGAAAGUUUUCAUUCAAUACUUGUUGAUAUCAUCUGUUGGAAGCUACAUAAAGAUAUUGCAUAUGUAUCAGGAAUAAUGAAAAAUGUAUGUGUCAAAAUGUUAGGGGCCUGUGAUAUACUAGAUCAUAUUUUUAUAUUAAUCACCAGAUACAUUAUGUUGGUAAGGUUAUACAUGAAACUUGGCACUUUUUAAAAUUAUUUUGAAAAGAAUAUUUUAUUAUAUGCCACUGGAUUUCCACACACACUUUCCCGUUUACACAUCCAUCCAUCACCAUCACCUCACUGAAAUGUAAAAUAUAUACCUCAAAAGGUGUUCAACCAUUCUGUGCAGCAUCAGUAGUACAUGUAGUCUUUAAGACAUCUGUAUUCAUUAUCAUACCAUGGGGGAAUGAGAGAGGGUGACUGUUGUAUGACAUGCUUACACUUCUUUAGAGUGAAUUGGUAGAUGUGUUGCAUAGUCAUACCAUACCUGCAGGUUUGGUUUUGUGCAAUAUUGUAUAGGACAUGAAAUUUGCUAAUAAUAAGCAAAAUCAUCAGAUGAAUUGUAACUUGAGAUGCUCACUAAGAAUUUGUAGGUUAUGGUGCACCUCUGCUAGGUAUUCAAAGGAAUUUCAUGUUUUAUAUAUCUGUUGAUGUAUUUUGGUUAAUUUGAAGGCACAAAAUUAUUUGCCAAUAAGGAUACACAUUCUUCACUAAGAUAAUUGGCCAGUCUCUUUUAGUAUUAUCACGUUUAGUUGCUCAGAUUCAUAUAUUCAUUAAAACAAGUAAAUAGCUUCAUAUUGUGCCAUGUUUGGGGUAAGUGGGACUGUAUACGUAUUGGACUAGCAGUUUCAGAUGUUAUCCUCCAUUAAAGUGUGAUAAAGCA